AUGAGUGGUAAAAAUAACGUCAACAUUAAUUUCAAGGAUAUGAAUCAUAUCAACGGUUACGGUAUAAUCAGAGGAUUGCAGUUCUCAAGUUUCAUAUUCCAGUACUAUGCUCUGGUUGUGGAUCUGCUGGUCUUGGGCCUCACGAGGGCUUCUGAUAUCGCUGGUCCACCGAGGAUGCCAAACGAGUUCAUGCAGUUUACGGAUCUUGCUACGGAACAGAGGCAUCCGAUUCGUCUCUAUUGCCGAUACGUUGACCAGGUUCACAUCCUCUUCCGUUUCACCGAUGAGGAGGCUAAGGAUCUCAUUCAGCGUUUCCUAACUGAGAACCCCGAUCCUAACAAUGAGAAUAUUGUCGGCUACAACAACAAGAAGUGUUGGCCCAGAGACUGUCGUAUGAGAAGAAUCAAGCACGAUGUGAAUCUUGGGCGUGCGGUCUUCUGGGAGAUCCAAAAUCGCUUACCGAGAUCACUAGCGACCAUGGAUUGGGAUACGUCAUUCAUCAGCGUUUACUCCAAGGAUAAUCCGAAUCUACUCUUCAACAUGUGCGGUUUCGAGGUGAGAAUUCUGCCGAAAAUUCGACAGCAGAUGACUGUUGAUGCGGGUGGUCUGGGCUCGACCGGGCAUGGGGAGGCGUGUUGGAAGUUGCAGAACGAGAGGAAUAAGGAGCUGACUGCUACGGCAUAUCUGAGGGUUGAUGACGAUGGGAUGAAGAAAUUCGAGAAUCGGGUAAGGCAAGUAUUGAUGGCUUCUGGAAGUGUCACUUUCACGAAGAUCGCCAACAAGUGGAAUACGUGUCUGAUUGGGUUGAUGACGUAUUAUCGUGAAGCGGUUAUCCACACUGAGAACUUGCUUGAUCUUCUUGUCAAGUGCGAGAACAAGAUCCAGACUCGUAUCAAGAUCGGACUCAAUUCCAAGAUGCCUAGCAGAUUCCCUCCGGUGGUCUUUUACACUCCUAAGGAGCUUGGUGGGCUUGGUAUGCUCUCCAUGGGGCACAUCUUGAUCCCACAAAGUGAUCUCAGAGUUAGUCGGCAAACUGAUUCUGGUAUUACUCACUUCCGAGCUGGUAUGUCUCACGAUUCGGAUCAGCUAAUUCCGAAUCUAUACCGUUAUAUACAGUCUUGGGAAAGUGAGUUCUUGGAUUCACAGAGAGUGUGGGCUGAGUAUGCGCUGAAGAGACAAGAAGCACAAGCUCAGAAUCGGCGGCUUACUCUAGAAGAUUUGGAGGAUGCGUGGGAUCGCGGUAUUCCUAGGAUCAACACCCUUUUCCAGAAGGAGCGUCAUACGUUGGCUUACGACAAGGGUUGGAGAGUGAGAAUGGAGUUUAAGCAGUAUCAUGUGAACAGGAACAAUCCGUUUUGGUGGACUCAUCAGAGGCAUGACGGCAAGCUUUGGAAUUUGAAUAACUAUCGGACUGAUAUGAUCCAAGCGCUGGGAGGCGUCGAAGGUAUUUUGGAGCACACGUUGUUCAAGGGCACAUAUUUUCCGACCUGGGAGGGUCUGUUCUGGGAGAAGGCUAGUGGAUUCGAGGAAUCUAUGAGGUUCAAGAAGCUGACGAAUGCGCAGAAGUCUGGGUUGAACCAGAUCCCUAAUAGGAGGUUCACGCUGUGGUGGAGUCCUACUAUUAACCGUGCUAAUGUGUAUGUUGGUUUCCAAGUGCAGUUGGAUCUUACUGGUAUCUUUAUGCAUGGUAAAAUCCCCACUCUGAAGAUCUCACUGAUUCAGAUCUUCCGGGCGCAUCUGUGGCAGAAGAUCCACGAGUCAAUCGUGAUGGACAUGUGCCAGGUCUUCGAUCAGGAGUUGGAUGCUCUCGAGAUUGACACUGUGCAAAAGGAGACGAUUCACCCUAGGAAGUCGUAUAAGAUGAACUCCUCUUGUGCUGAUGUCCUCCUGUUCGCCAGCUACAAGUGGAACGUGUCGAAACCAUCACUGCUGACGGAGCCUCGAGACAAUUUUGAUGCUCAGACGAAGACUACUAAGUACUGGUUAGAUAUUCAGCUGAGGUGGGGUGAUUAUGAUUCUCAUGAUAUCGAGAGAUAUGCAAGGGCGAAGUUCUUGGAUUAUACUACUGAUAAUAUGUCCAUCUACCCGUCCCCAACUGGGUGU